GCAGUGCGAGGCAGCUGGGAACAGGGAGGAGGGAGCAGACAGGAGGCUGGAGGUCAGCAGUACACCCAGGAGAUCAGUUGCCACCCUCAGUAACCAAAGAGGCACCCAAACUAUGGCAGAGAAGCCCCCAAAGAAGUCCGCCAUUCAUGGGGUGAGCAUCCGGCAGCUGGUGGAGGAGAUCCCCGAAGGCGGCAGCACACCAGACUUCCAGCAGAAGCCCGUCGCCUUGGCACUGCAGGAAGGGAAAAAUGCCAUCUUUCGGGCCGUGGUCUGUGGGGAGCCCAAACCUGAGGUGGGUUGGCAGAGCACCAAAGGUAACCUCAGGAACUCCAGCAAGUACCAGAUCUCCUCCUCCCCCUGCAGCAACGAGCACGUGCUACAGGUAGGGCCUGCAGCUCUCCCCGACCCACUUCCUUUACUUCUCUGUACUUCCGUUUCCUCAUCUCCUCCGCAUCCCUUUCUAGUGCAGAGAAGGCAGCUCCCCACAGCCUCUCAGGGUGCCAGGCCCAGGGACGCAGCUCCUGCGGCUCCCCUGGCCUCUGACCUGCCCGCCCUGCUCCCCAGGGCCCCGCCUCCCACCAAGAAAAAGGUGGACCUGGAGCAGGUGUGGCAGCUUCUGACGACGGCCGACCGCAAGGACUACGAGCGGAUCUGCCUGAAGUACGGCAUCGUGGACUACCGGGGCAUGCUGCGCAAGCUCAAGGAGCUGCGGAAGGAGCACGAGGACAAGAUGGCGCAGUACGUUAACGCCGUCUCCAACUUGAGACACAUCAGGGUCAGCAAGGAGGGGGUCGCAACAUUUGAUCUGGAGCUGGAUCUCAAGUAUUCCGGGAGCAAGAUUCACCUGUAUAAGGAUGGUGAGAUGACCCCCUACAGCUUUGAUAACCAGACCAAGCACUGUCUGUGGCGGCUGGGGAAACGCUACCAAUUCCAGAUCCGGGACCUGCAGCCUGAGGAUGCCGGCAUUUACCAGGUCAAGGUGGAGGAUGCCGAAAUCUUCUCCACGGAACUGGAUGCUAGUGCCAUCCCCUCCAGAGUGGUGGUCCCGCUGGCUGAGGCGCACUGUGAAGAGCAGGGUGAUGCUGUCUUCGAGUGCAUUCUCUCCAGCCCCUGCCCCAACGCCACCUGGAAUUUCCGGCACCGGCCACUCCAGCCCAGAAACAAAUAUGAAAUGUUUGUGUCCCCUGAUGGGCUGACCCACAGGCUGGUGGUAAGGGGGGCCCAUUUCUCAGACAUGGGCCCCUACUCACUGGGCACUGGGUUCCACAGUUCUACUGCCUGGCUGGUGGUUGAAGCAGGGAAGGAUGGAAACUUUCUGACUGCAAGUGCUGACCAUCAGCUGCAAGCCCGGAGAGGUGGCCUGGAGGGCAGGUCAGACAUCUACGGCCAGGGGAGGGAUGCCACCCAGAGUCCCAGAUCCAGAUACAAGCGCACUGGCGGUUUCUCCAAGGAAGCCCAAGGCCCCCAGGGCCACUUCUCCCAGGGCCUGGCUGACACGGAAGUGCAGCAGGGAGAGGAUGCCAUGCUCUCCUGUACCCUCACCCACGACCUGGGCCCGGGUGCCUGGUUUAAAGAUGGAGUCAAGCUCAGCACCCAGGAUGGAGUCAUCUUUGAGCAAGACGGUCUCGUGCACAGUCUCCUCAUUGCCCGUGUGCAAGGGACCCAGGCUGGGAGGUACACCUUUGUAGCCAGCAACCAGCGGAGCGAGGCCACCCUGAGUGUCCACGAUCGCCCCGUCAUCGCUCCUGAUGUCACAGAGAAACUGAGAGAGCCGCUGGUGGUCAAGGCUGGGAAGCCGGUGACAGUGAAGAUCCCCUUCCAGAGCCACCUCCCAGUUCAGGCUGCCUGGAAAAAGGACGGAGCCGAAGUGGUGGGCGGCAGCAGCCCCCGGGGGGCACAGGUGGCCCUGGGGGACGGCUUCACUCGGCUGUGCCUCCCUAGCGCUGGCAGGAAGGAUGGUGGCCGGGACAGCGUGACACUGAGGAGCGAGGGCGGCUCUGUGCAGGCUGAGCUCACCCUGCAAGUUAUAGACAAGCCCCAGCCCCCACAAGGUCCCCUGGAGGUACAGGAUCGCCAGGGGGCUGGGGUCUGCCUCCACUGGCGGCCCCCAAAGGACAGCGGGGGCCGGGCCGUGGAGCACUACGUGGUGGAGCGGCGGCAAGCUGGCCAGAGCACUUGGCUGAAGGUGGGCGAGCCCCCCGCAGACAGCACGGCCUUCACCGACGCCCACGUGGAGCAGGGCAGGAAAUACACCUUCCGAGUGCGGGCUGUGACCUCUGAGGGGGCUGGGGAGGCCCUGGAGUCCACAGAGGUGCUGGUGGCUCCUGAGGCUCUCCCUGGGCCCCCUUCAAGCCCAGCCAUCCAGUCAGCCUCCAGCCAGGGCAUCACGCUGAUGUGGAUGGCACCUCGGGGCCCUGGCAGUGCCCACAUCCUGGGCUACCUGAUCGAGAAGCGCAAGAAGGGGAGCAACACCUGGACAGCAGUGAAUGCCCAGCCUGUGCCUGAGAGGAGGUGGACCGUGGCGGAUGUGCGGCAGGGCUGUCAGUAUGAAUUUCGGGUCACGGCUGUGUCUCCCUCUGGUCCCGGAGAGCCUGGGCCCCCAUCGGAUGCCGUCUUUGCUCGGGACCCCAUGAGACCCCCUGGGCCCGUGCGGGACCUCCAAGUCAUAGACACGUCGCACACCAGCAUCACCUUGAGCUGGGCGCAGCCGGAUGCACAGGAUGGGGACACAGCCCAGGGAUAUGUGGUGGAGCUGCGCGGCUCAGACAGUCUGCAGUGGAGUCCCUGCCACGAGGGCACCGUGCCAGUCACCAGCUUCACAGCCAAAGGGCUUCGGCCCCAAGAGAGCUACUUCGUGAGGGUGACAGCAGUUAACGAUGGGGGCCUUGGCCAGCCCACCGCCCUGGACACGUUAGUGCAAGUCAUGCCAGUUGCCGUCCGUCCCAAGUUCCUUAUGGACUCCAGCACAAGGGACUCGCUGAUGGUCAGAGCUGGGGACACCAUUCGUGUGCCUGUCUCCUUUGAAGCUGUCCCCAUGCCUGAGGUGACCUGGCUGAAGGACGGCUUGCCCUUGCUUAAAAGUAAUGUGACCUCCACCAAGGAUGGCCUCACCCAGCUUCUGAUUCCUGUGGCCAGCUUCUCAGACAGUGGCCUCUACACUGUGGUGCUGAGGAACCUGCAGGGCGGGGAGGCUGCCUACCGCUUCUCCCUCAGGGUGGCAGCAUGCCCAAAGGCGCCCGGGCCCAUCCAUCUGCAGGAGAACGUGCCCGGGACAGUGACGGCCGAGUGGGAACCUUCUCCAGAUGAGGCUGGGGUUGUCCCCCUGUACUACGAGGUGCUGACGCGCUCCUCAGCGCACGGGCCCUGGCGCCAGGCGGCCGACCGCGUGCACACCAACCACUUCACCCUCCUGGGAGUGCUCCCUGGCCACGAGUACCACUUCCGGGUGGUGGCCAAGAACGAGCUGGGGGCCAGCCUGCCCUCAGACACCAGCCAGCCCUGGUGCAUCCCCCGGCCGCGAGGUGAGCUCUUGGGGAUGCGGGCUGCAUCCGGGACAGCCCCAGCAGAGGUGGCCGAGUGCGGCUCAAC